GCUGGGGAGGUCACGCAUCUCCAACAGAGGUGCAUCGCAAGCGAGCGAGAGAGCGCAGGCACCCACACCACGAAAGGACCACUUCUCACGUGACGAACCACCCGAGCCUCCUUUCUACUUCCGCCUUGUCAGUCCCGAAAUUUCACCUCCAUGAGCAUGCCACCCCACUCGUCCCAAUUUCCCCGCGACUCGAUACCGUUUGUGAUGGAAGACGACAACGCAAGCUACUACGACGACGCCGAGGUCCACACCAACAAAUCCCGUGUGAUUGUCGUCGACGCGAAGGAGCUUGGUGGCGACUACGUCCGCAAGGGCGUCGCGUACAAGAAGCGCGGCGGUUGUACCAACGUCGUGCAGUGCUGCAAGUUUUGCCACAUCGUUGCAACGUGCUCGAACGAAGUGAUCUACGAAGAAGAACACAUCUCGGUCUUCCGUCCGCUCCACCCCGCGAACGAAAGCCAUAUCCUGAUUGUGCCCAAGCACCACGUACGCAACAUCAACUACCUCUCCAAGCACGACUUGUCCCUUCUUGUUCGCAUGAAGGAAGUCGCGGGCUUCAUUCUGUCCCAGCUCGGGUUCCACGUGUUCAACUCGCAGAUGCACCUGUCGUUCCACCGCCCGCCCUUCAACUCGAUCGAUCAUGUACACAUGCACGCGAUGAUCCAAGACGUCAAGCCCGGCGCAAAGCUCUCCCGUAUGAACUUUGUCGGGUCUGUCAAGUACAGCACAGGCACUUGGUGGUGCAAGAGCUACGAUCAAGUGUACGCCCGCCUGGCAAAGCUAGGCGACGGCGACGACAGCUCCAUCGGUCGAUCUCGGCAAACCCACCGGCUGAAGCGAACCAAGUCGGACGUCGGAAGCUCGUCCAGAUAGACGGCGGUGAUUCCCACGCCAAUAGGUUAGGUCAUUUUUUAAUUGGAUAGGCUCUAGAAUAUCUGCAGUGUUCUAGGGGCUACCUGGGAGCUAGCUUCAGCCGCGCGCUCGUUGCCUCCAUGG